CCAAGGCGGAGAUGGACAGAUUCUCCAGCCUGUCAGAGCGAAGAAGGAGGGGACGCCCGGCUUCGACUUCCGCUUCCUUCGCCUCGCCGCUGCUUUAACUCUUCCCCUAAUGCCGCUGUACAAGUACCCUGUUAAACUCUGGAAUACCUUGAAGCUGAAACAGGGUAUUUACUCUCGUCUUCCUGAGCACUACCUCAAGUCACUGCAGAAUGAAGGGACACCCACCGCAGUUCAUUAUAAACCUCAUGGGGUCAAGUACAAAAUAAAUCCAAAGAAUGGACAACGUGAGCUCGUUCAGGAUGUUCCCAUCCCACUCUACUUUCCCCCUGAAUCCCAGAAGGGACUCUGGGGCGGUGAGGGUUGGAUCAGUGGUUAUAGAUAUGCCAACAAUGAUAAGCUCUCAAGACGUGUGAAAAAGACUUGGAAACCCCAUCUUUAUGAACGAGAGCUUUACAGUGAAAUCUUGGACAAGAAAUUCAAAGCAAUGGUUACCAUGAGAACUCUCGACCUAAUUGAUGAAGCCUAUGGAUUUGAUUUCUAUAUCCUCAAGACUCCAAAGGAGGAUCUGUGCUCCAAAUUUGGGAUGGAUUUGAAACGAGGAAUGCUAUUGCGUCUUGCCCGGAAGGACCCUCAGCUACACCCAGACGAUCCAGAAAAAAGAGAAGCUAUUUAUAACAAGUACAAGGAGUUUGUGAUCCCAGAAGAAGAGGCUGAAUGGGUUGGACUGACAUUAGAGGAAGCAGUGGAAAAACAGAGGCUCCUGGAACAAAAAGACCCUGUCCCUCUGUUCAAAGUAUACGUGGAGGAACUUAUUCAACAGCUGCAAGACCAGACACUCUCACAACCAGCUGUGAUGCAAAGGAAAGCCUAGUGGGCAGGAACUUCUUAGAGACCAGACUGUUUGAGUCCCCUUACUCUUCUUCUUCCUCCCCAUCAUAUUCAGUCCAGACCCACUGCUGCAUAUUUCACAGGGAUUGAGAAGCAGAAUAUAUGAAGACUUUCUGCAUCCCCCCUGCUGAGCACCCUGCAAAGCUCCUGGCUUGCUUCUGGCAGUAAGCAGAGUGACAGAACAGCUCCAAAUCACAGCAUACCCUGAGCUCCUGCUGAUACCUUGAACUCGAUAUCUUUAUUUUUCUGAGAUGCAGUUGUUCAAAGGAACAAUAAACAACCCAUCCAGUGAUUCAG